UUUUUGCUAUGUUUAACCAAAAUCCCACAUGUUUAUUGUUAUUGUGUGUUUUAAGCUACUUCGUCUAUAUUGUGUAAUGGGAAAGGUGUGAAAUGUAGUAUUUUCAUUCAAUUACUUCAGUGAACAUAGUGGCCUUCGAAGAUAUAAUAAAAUGAUUAUGUAAUUAAUUCGACGUGAUAAAGCAGCUAUAUUAAAUUCAUACGAAUUUAAGGAAGUGUGUGUAUAUAAUAAAUUCAGUUAGCCAUAAUGACAACUCGAAAGAGAAGUGGAUCUGGCUCAAAAAGACAGCUGAAGGAGAAAGUUGUGCAGAUUUAUGAGUCGUUCUUCAAGGGUGAAGACCCCUCAUUAGGAAACCCAAACUUCUGGGAAGAACUCUUUCUUCUUAAACCCAAAGUUUCCAGUUUGGAGGCAGAAAUUCAGAAAUUAAAUGGAGAACAGUUGGUAGCAUUGAAGGAAAAUAUCAACACUCUCUUCAAGCACUGUAUCGUGACUUUAGGGCAUGAACACCAUAUACGCGUUGUGUACGCUUUGCAGACACUUUGUGCUUUAAUCCAUAGCAUCUAUAAAAAAACUUCGGCUGAAUUUGGUUUUGAUGUGAUUAACAUCCUCAUGGGAUUUGAUGUUUCUGAUGAAAUGAUGCAGAUGUUACUAGAUCACUGUAGUAAUUUUUUAACUGGUGAGUAUCCGACUAGUCUCAAAGCUCUCUGCCUUAAGCUCCUUCUGGUGUUGGUGACAGGAACUGACAAUGUCAGUCAGAAUACACUGCUGGAGUACCUUAUGGUAAACAUCAUAUUUGAAGCCCUCAUACAGUUGCUUAAUGAACCUGCAAACAGAGCGCAGCACGGUCAUGACGCAGUCCUGUUGCUGACCCUCCUCGUCAAUUACCGGAAACACGAAUCAACUAAUCCAUACAUUGUCAAGUUGUCUAUUCUAGAUGAUGAAUUGGCUUUAAAUGGAUAUGGCCAGGUCAUUACCUCCUGCUUGACGGACUUUUGUCGUCAGUUUAUGGCCCAGCACAUGGAACCGCAAUCAGCUAGUUGGCUGUCAUCCCUGACAAAUAUGGUGGGGAACAUGUUUGUUUCAGAGGAAGGUGGAGUUCGGACACAGCAGAUACGGGCAAACAAUGCUGUCCUGGUGGCACUGUAUGAAGCAGUACAUCUGAAUCGCAACUUCAUUACCACACUUGCGCACACACAGACUGAUACCAGUGCCCCUCCGUCCCCGAGCAAUACGCUCAAUUCAUCGCAGCCGACUCCAGAUCUCUCUGUUCCGCCAAUAGUCGACAUCUUUGCUCAGCCUUCAAAUUUACUUGUUACGUUUUUCCAGUACUGCUCUAUAGUGAUGCAAGAUACAAAAUCGGAAGCGAGCGUGAACAACGUGAAGUUGUGCUUUCUCAUACUGACAUGUAUAUCAGAAGAUCAGUAUGCCAAUUCACUCAUGCAUGAUGUCAGUCUUGUAUUCAAAGUACAACUCCAUCGUCUGCCAAUGAGGCAUCGCAAGGUUGCGCCUGACAAAGCGUCGCCGUCGCAGCCACUUGCCUCCACUCUCCUGGAUUUACUAGUGGAAUUCAUAAUGAGUCAUAUGAUGAAGAAGUUACCCAUGGAGUUAUACUUGCAUUGUGUGGGGGUGAUACAUCGGGUGCUGUGCUAUCAGAAACGCUGCCGAGUACGACUGAACUACCAGUGGAAAGAACUCUGGACGGCCCUCAUUACACUGCUGAAGUUCCUUCUUGCUAAUGAAAAUCAUUUGGCAAAGAAGAUGAAUAUCUUUCACUUAGCACUUCAGGUUGUGAAUAUUUUCAACUUGUUCAUCACAUACGGAGACACAUUCCUUCCUUCACCAGGCAGCUAUGAUGAACUAUAUUAUGAGCUGAUCCGGAUGCAUCAAGUUUUUGACAACCUCUACUCUAUGGCUUUAAGAUACUCAACAAAUGAUGGGGAAUUUAAGGACAAUGCUUUGAGACUGACCAACAGCUUAAUUAAUAUAAGGGCGAUUAUCAAUCACUUCUCUCCUAAAAUUGAAGCAUGGUUGGCUAGCCAAGGAUUGUCCACGCCCUCAGAAGACCAGAUAUUGGAUGUUGUACGAAAGAACUACGACAGCCUAACUCUAAAACUACAGGACAGUCUAGACCAAUAUGAACGGUACACAGAGAAACCGCGUCAUGCUGCGUUCUUUACGGCAAUGGUUCGUAGCGUGGUGAAUGACACCAGACAAAACAUAGACUUUGCAUCAUUAGAGCUUCAAACCAUCCUUCAAGAGUUUUCAUCAAUAUCAUGAGACUUCAUAAACGACAUGUAUUCGCCAUGGCUUUAAAGCCAUAUUUACAAUUAAUAUUUAAAUAAUGAUUGCUGGAACUUGGAAACUCUUUGCAGGAACUUCCAGAAAAAUGUAAUAUGUUGUAAAAUAAGUAAGACUAAUGAAACAGAAGAAUAUUUUAUAAAAGAAAUCUGUUAAAAAUUUUCUGUGGCUGUAUACAUUAGCAUCAUUAAAUGUAAUAGUAUUAAUACUUUAUAAUUUGAGUAGUAAAUAUCAAAAU